AUGGCCAAAGAGAUAAGAAAGUUGUCCUUAGCCAAGGUCCAGAGCCAACCAUCAUCAAUUUGUGACUUUUGUGGAAUUGGUUAUCCAACGCAUGAGUGUCAGGCCUCAACUGCAGAUGAAGUGUCUGUUAUCCGAGAGUCUCCAGGAAAUCUCCCUACGGAUACCAAAAGGAAUCCAAAGGAAACAAUAAAUGCAGUCUCUUUGAGGAAUAGCAAAAUAUUGCAAGAUCUGUUGGUAGUAGAGACGAAUGAGUUGAUGGGAAAUCAAGCUAAGAAUGAAGGAGAGCAAAAAAGUGAUCAACAUCGUAGGAAUGAAAGUGAGGCGGAGCAAGAGGAUGAUCUGAAGAAGACAAAUUUGAAGUUCCAACAAGGAAGAGGAAAGACAAACAAAGAAGUAAUGAAGAGAUCGAUGAGAGUGCAUGUUAACGUACCUUUCAUAGAGGUGCUUUUACAAAUUCCAGCAUAUGCCAAGUUCUUAAAGGAGAUAUUGUCCAACAAGCGAAAAGUGGAGGAGACAUCGGUAGUCAAGCUCACAGAACAUUGUAGUGUUAUUCUACAAAAUAAGCUCCCUCAAAAGUGUGGAGAUCCGAAGAGUUUUACUAUACCUUGCUCUUUAGGAAUCACUAAAUUUGAAAAAUCAUUGUGUGAUUCAGGUGCUUCCAUAAACCUUAUGCCUUUGUCCAUUUACAAGAAAUUAGAGAGAGAAAUUGGAGAAAUCAGAUCUAUACUUGUGUCCUUGCAGCUGGCGGCUCAGACCAGAAUCAUACCUGAAGGAAUAGUGGAGGAUAUGCUAGUUCGGGUGGAGAAAUUUGUGUUCUCUGUGGACUUUAUUGUGGUGAACAUGGAAGAUUAUAGGGAAGUCCCUCUGAUUCUAGGGAGACCCUUCUUGGCUACUGGAAGAGUGAUUCUGGACAUUCAAUAA